AUGGAGUACAGUCUUGCUAAGGGUCAACUGACGGCCGCGGAGAGCACUGGUGCCAUGUCGCUGCAGCUACUGCAGGCCAUGGUUCUCCUGACGGUCUACGAGUACUCCCACGCGAUCUACCCUGCUGCUUACUUUGGCAUUGCUAUGUGUGCACGGUACGCAACAGCACUUGGCCUGCACCAACAGAGGGGCAGGUUAAAUCCAGUCCAUGAGGCAGACCUGGAUGUCGUGGAGGAGAAACGCCGUCUUUGGUGGUCCAUCGUCAUACUCGACACCAUCAUCUCAGCCGAAGGCACAGCAUGUACGGAGUCUUCCUCGGAAGAUAUCUUACCCGUACAUGAUCGCUCUUGGGAUACUGGCACAUUCACUGAAGCAGAUAUGUACACUGCAGGGUCUCCCGCGAAUACGAACAUGGGCAUGUUUGCACGCCUCUCACAGGCCUCUUAUCUGUUAGCGAAAGUCAUUCGCCACAAGAGCACACCCACACACGAUGCAGCUUUUGAUUUGGAAGAACGAAACAAUCUUCAAAGGGCGCUGCAGUCAUUACUGACCUUGACGUACAGGGAAGGCUCUACCGAGUACAUGCCGAUUUGUCCACAGACUGCACUCUGCUACAGUGCACUGGUCAUCCUCAACUCCUCUGCUUAUCCGGGCACUUCCUCUGUCAACGCCGGCUCAGCAGAAGAUCUUGAACAUACAGUUGUCGAUCUGCUCAUGCCAGUUGCUGACGAAUCUCUGCUGAGCACAGAGCUACACUAUCGGGGCCGGCCGUGGUCGCUUGAUCGGUCCACGCCAUUCUUGCUACGAUGGAGCUAUCUUAUCGCGAAGACGUUCCAGGACAUAUUAACCCAUGUUGGCGGGAGUAGCGAAUCGCAGGCCGAGACUGUCCCCAUUGCAGGUGAUGAUCAACAACGCUUCAUCAGAGAACGAGCACUCAAGGGUUAUGAGACCAUGAGGAAGAAACUGUUGCUGUUGGGCUCACAGUGGUGUGCAGCAGAUGAUUAUCUGAGGAUGCUUGACGUACGGGCGGGCGGCAAAUUCGGCUAA